AAUCGUCUCUCCUCCCUUCCCAUUGCCUUUUUUUACCCAACGUCCUCUCCUCCGUUCCCAUCUCGAGUAAGCAUCCAUCUCAGGACCAAGAAAAAGAACCGCUCGCUUCUCAAUUUUCUCUCGGUGCAGUGUGUGUGAUCGUCUCCUUCCCCUUCCCCUCGUCCUUCCAACAGCAGUGGGUUAAUCUGGUGUAGGAAUCUUUUUCCUCGAUCACAUCUUCUUUCUCUCAGGCACAGCAAAGCAAAGCAAUCUCAAGCAUCUAUAUAAUGGUGAAGAGCAAAUCCUCGUGGAGGCAGAUUGUGAAAGACAGCAGACCAACAAACGUGUCCAUUUCCACAAGAAACCUCAGCCCACAAGAUCUUGGAGCUGUAAUAUUUGGUUGCACAAACAAUACCAUUGCAGAGUGUCACUCAAGGCAACUUUUCGGCUUGCCAAGAGCACAUAUCUCCUAUGUGCAAAACAUUAAGGAAGGAUUACCUCUCUUCCUCUUCAACUAUGACGACCGCAGAUUAUAUGGUAUUUAUGAAGCUGCAGGCAGUGGCAAGUUCUGUCCUGAAUCAAAAGCAUGGUCACAUGAUGGCAAAGGAAAGACAAGUUACCCUGCCCAGGUUGCAGUGCGAGUAAGGGUGUGGUGUUUUCCGCUAGCAGAGAAUCAGUUUAGAAGUGCUAUUCUAGCCAACUAUUACCAGAAGAUGCCUGGUGUCCCUGGCCAGAAGCUUCAUUUCUUCCAGUUUGAAUUGGAUCAUGCACAAACACAUGUUUUGAUGGAAAUGUUUACUCCUUCGCCUCCUCCCAACAAUUUCUGGAAGCCCUCUGCUGCAGCACCAGCUGAUGAGCAUGUGAGCGAAUUAAUAUCUUCACCUGUAUGGGCACCAGAGUGUGAGAGGAAUAAUGAUCUCAAAUCAGAAAAGGUUGUAAAGUCAUAUGCAGACAUGGUAAGGAAGAACAAAUUUGAGGAAGUUGGAACAGGAGAUGUGGAUGCUGAACGUGCUAGCUCAGGUAAUGAAUCUUCAAAUGGUUUUGAUGAUCUGGAUUGUGGAAACACACCACCAGAGAGGGAGGAACAUGAACUAUCAGAUAAGGCGGUUGAAGUACAAAAGCAACUACAAUCUGGUCGGCAGGAAAAAGUGCUUAGCAUCAAUUGGGAGUUUCAAAGGUACAAGAUGUUGUCUGCUCGCGCUCGGCGCUGGAAUUCUGAUUGUUGUGCCAACGCUGCUGAAACUAAAGACAAUGAAGCAUAUAGCAGUAAGUAUGCACAAGAGGUCACAUACACAAUUCUGGAUGGGCAUUCUAAUUUGCCUGAAACCCUAGAUACUGAACUCAAUCAGCUCUCCUGGGGACAUUCUAAUUUGCUGGUGCAAUUAUUGGACUCUGAAUCCUGUACAGAAGCCAAGCUGAUAGAGAUAGUUAAAGAGUUAUCUGGGCGCAUAGAGGCGAUGGAGAAGAAGCAGGCUUGGUCCAACAAAGAAGUUAAACACUUGCAAGGGGUGAAUGAGAGGUUACUGAAAAGGAUUGUGGAGCUAAAGGGCACAGUGAAGACACUAAAUUCAAAAAUAGAUCCUUUAACACUAGAUGAUUCACUCAAUCAGUUUGUUGAACAAUGUUUGGGAUCCGAAGAUGUCAUUUAUCUAGUUGGUGGUUGUGAUGGCUUCUCACUCUUGCCAUCACUAGACUCCUUUUCCCCUUCGUUGGACAUACUGACACCUCUCAAACCAAUGGCUGUUGGAAAGUCAUAUGCCUCAACUGUUGCAUUAGACAACAAGAUAUUUGUUCUUGGUGGUGGCGAUGGUGCUUGUUGGUUUGAUACAGUUGACUGUUAUGACCCAAGGCGUGAUGAUUGGACCACAUGCCCGCCAUUGAGUCGCGACAAGGGGAGCCUUGCUGGAGUUAGCGUCAAUGGCAGAAUCUAUGCAUUUGGUGGUGGAGAUGGAAGCGAGUGUUUCCCUGACGUUGAGAUAUUUGAUCCUUCUCUUGGAAAGUGGAUAAAGAAUCGGCCUAUGCUGGAAAGGCGCUUUGCUCUAGCUGGUGUGGAACUCAAUGGUGUGAUUUAUGCAGUUGGUGGCUUCAACAGUGUUCAAUAUCUGAGCUCUGCUGAGAGACUUGAUCCUCGGGAGCCUAAUUGGAAAAUGCUCCCAACAAUGAAUGCAGGAAGGGGCUGCCAUACACUUGCAGUGCUUGAUGAGAAGAUAUUUUCAAUUGGUGGUUAUGACAAUGGGGCUAAAGCUAUGGUGGCUACUGUUGAGAUGUACGAGCCAAGGAUGCCGUCAUGGGUGAUGGUUGAACCCAUGAACCACACCAGAGGAUACCAUUCUUCGGCUGUGCUUGGUGGCUCGAUAUUUACAUUUGGUGGGGUGAAAGGUGAAGCAGAUACUAUCCUGGAUGUGGUGGAACGGUACAAGGAAGGGUGUGGCUGGGUGACUACUGGGUUGAAGUCCAUCGGCAGGAGAUGCUACUGCUCCGCCAUUGUUCUCUGACUGUUUGUUUACAGCAGUAUAAUACUUGCGUGGUGAAUUUGCUACGAUAGCUUCUGACAAUGAAUUGACCAACAAGCAGAUAGUUAAAACUUAGAAAGCCCUCGUUCGACCUGAUGAGCUGAGACCUGUAGACAUUGAGAAUGCGAUGUGUGUGUGUUGAGACCCUCGUUUCUUACUCUUCCUCUUGUUCCUGAUCCGAACCACUGCAAAACAUUGAUGUGUGUGUGUUGUCUGGUUUGUGAUACGGCAACACCGGAUGUGAAACUGAAUCUGUACUGAACUAGUAGAUGCGAACGCAAUGGAACAACAUGGUGAUGGCUAUCUUAUAUUCUUAUUUGACUA